GUUCACACACACCAGUAUGUCGUCCAGCAACGGGCUCGCACACGACGUUGUUGAGGAAGGCCAGUUUGACGAUGCUCCCGAUGAUAAGCCUGGCGCACCCACAGCAGAGACUGGCAGCACUCCUCUGAACCCGCGUGAGGGCCAUGCCUACAUCGACGAUGAGGAAGCACUCCUUGCAUGGUCACAGAGCGAAGACGAGGAUGAAGAGCGCGACGCGUUCGAGGAAGAAGAGGACGAGCUCGAAGCCUCGGUCUUCCAGACGCUCCGUGCCGAAGACGAAGAUUGGGAAAUCGCCGAGCGAGACUUCACAAAACAGUACAAUCGCUUGAAGCAACACGUAGCCGUGCGCACUGGAUCUGCACAGGGCGUUGCAUCCGCGAUCAACUCCCGAGCUACUGUCGCUGCUUUGCCUGCAGUCAACCGACCGCGUCUAACAGCGAAAGCCGCCCCUUCUGCUGUGUCUACAUCAAAUGCAUCUGUACCUCGUGCAAAGGACCAAACUGCCGACCAACUGCAGGCCUUGUCCAAGUACUCGUCGCGCAUCCGCGACAUCGAUAUGCCGUACGACCUCGGAGUAGGCGUGAACAGAAAGGGUCCGUCGGCGACUGCGAACAUGAAAGACAAAAGUGACCGCGCCACGAGUGAGCAGGUGCUCGAUCCCCGGACACGAAUCAUCCUUUUCAAAAUGAUCGGCCGAGGGCUGGUUUUUGAGGUGAACGGGUGCGUUAGUACCGGCAAGGAAGCGAAUGUAUAUCAUGCACUCACGCCUGACCGGAAACAUCUCGCAUUGAAGAUCUAUAAGACGUCUAUCCUGGUAUUUAAAGAUCGCGACAAAUAUGUCACAGGAGAGUUCCGCUUCAGGCGAGGCUAUAGCCGGCAUAACCCUCGCAAGAUGGUGCGGCUAUGGGCAGAGAAAGAGGUACGUAACCUCAAACGUCUAGUAGUAGCAGGUAUCCUCUGCCCGGAGCCUAUCGAGGUACGGGAAAACGUUCUGGUCAUGAGCUUCAUAGGCGACAAGGAGGGCUGGGCCUCCCCACGAUUGAAAGAUGCCGACAUUCCCGAGUCUGCCUAUCCCGACCUGUAUGUCGAGCUGCUCUGCAUGACGCGCAAGAUGUUCCUGAUCUGCAAGCUCGUGCAUGCCGAUCUCUCCGAGUACAACGUCCUCUACCACAUCGAGGACUCGCCCCCGCCUUCCUCCCCUCCCCAGUCGGACGCUGCCUCACCCACCGAGCAGCGCGGCCACCUCUACAUCAUCGACGUCUCACAGUCCGUCGAGCACGACCAUCCACACGCAUUCGACUUCCUCCGCGCCGACCUGCGCAACAUCGAGGACUUCUUUGGCAAGCGCGGCGUGCGCACCAUCGGUCUACGGCGCGCAUUCGACUAUGUCACGCGCGAGGUGCUCCCUGGCUCUGCAGACCAAGAAGAGACAGCAGUCCUGCGCCUGUGGAUGGAAGAGCCCGAGCCCGAGCCUGCAGCAGACGUAGACAGAGAGAUGAGUGCUCUCAGCGAUGCGAAGGCAGUCGCGGAUGCCGCGCACGAGGACUCGGUCUUUCUACGGUCGUACAUUCCGCGCACGCUCAACGAGGUGUAUGACCCUGAGCGCGACGUCGACGUGCUCACCCGCGGGGAGGGCGCCAAGCUUAUUUAUAAGGACACGAUCGGCAUCGUCGGCCCCAAGAAUGAGCCGAAGAGCGCGCUGAAGUUGGUGGAAGGCGGCGACGUGGUGGUGGUGCAGAAUCACAAGGCAAACGGGGUCAGGUUCAAGGAGCAUGACGACGCUGAUGAGGGGCGGGUUAAUGCGCUAGAGGCGCAGGAGGUGGGCAGCGAAGUCGACGGCGAAGGCUCCAGCUCGGAUGCGGAAGACGAGAGCUCAGGCGCUGAGGAGGUAUCGUUCGAGGAGAAGCAACCGCGCGGACAUCGGCAUGAAGAUAAAGAGGCAAAGAAAGAGCGGAAGAAGGCGGUGAAGGUUGAGGCGCGCGAGCGGCGGAAACACAAGAUCCCGAAGGCCGAGAAGAACCGCAAGAUCAAGGCGACCGCGCGCGGCGGAUGAACCCCUGAUUCAUCCUCUCUGCCGGCGGCGGCCCCCGUCGUGUGCACCUCUUUCGGCGACGGCGACUCCUUUGUCUUUGCCAUAUUUGCUAGCGGAGUCUAGGCUGGGCUUGGUAUUUUAGCUAAACACUGCCCUUCUACUGCAUUCCUAACAUUUUCUUGUGACCGGUAUUUGCGCCAUUUCGUUAUGAACUAUCUAACGCUCAUUUACCACAGCGGGGCUACUUUAGUGCAAAACGACUUCUUGUAUCCGCUUUUGUGAGCAAAGCACGUUCACGAAUAACAUGUAGCAUGAUUUCACAUGGUCCAUUCACAUCUGCU